AUGUCUUCACAGUCUCACAUUACAUUGGAUGCAUCUCCAAUUAAUAACUUGAAAAUAUCAGCAGGCUUUUUUGCCUGCUGUAAAGUGGUCCAAUCCCUUGAAGUUACCACCUCACCCACCGUGCCAAAAAUGGCCAUUCGAAAGCUUCAAGUGCUGUAUCUUUCACCCGUUAUUCACAGUUGUUUGUAUCCAGCACCUUUUGUCGAGAAGACCGCGGCUUUAGACCGCACUGAUUCGAUUCAACAUGACAAAAAUCGGCAAGCCUCGCCUAGCAUACAGUCGAUCAUUUCCAUCUUAGACGUUGCUACCGGAUAUUGCAGCUUAAAGCUCUUAAGUCUUAACAAGGAUUACAUCUGA